GCUGUUUACCUCCUUCCACGGUGAGCAGGCCAACCUACCUCAGAGGGUGUGGCUUUAAGUUACAUUUCUUCAGAAGUAAUAGUGGCCUGAAGUCAGGCAGUCAGCCUCUUUUGUUUAGCUCUAGCUGUUGCCUUGCUGGGACAAUGUCGACUGAUACAGAUGCUGCACCCAUGGAGAUAAGCCCAUGGUGCUGGUAUUACCUAGCGGACUGUGGAGGAUGGCACCGAUUUGAGGAUGAGCCAUGUCAUUGUUUAAAGAGUGACUUUAUUGAAAGGAGAUACUCAGAAGACCUAAAGGGGGUGUUAGAUUUGGAUGAGUCCUGGAGUCCUAGCAGGAUUGACUUCUCAGCCAUGGUACAGACCGACCUCAGAACCAACAGACAGAGACGGAUCUGUAGAGUAGACUUCAACAUAGAGAUGAGCUGUUCCUGCUUCAGUUCUGAUCCAGUCCGUAGGAAAAGGGUGGCUCCUACUUGUGCAUAUCAGAAUAAAUGGAUUCUGGACAGAAAUAAUAUACAUAUACAAAAUGCAAUCCAGAACCAGGACCUGUGUGGAAUAUCCUGCAGAGAAAAGGAACAAAAAGAACGGAGGAUUCAAGGUGUCACAGAAGAGAGAGAUGUUCAAUCAGACACUUCCUGGUUCUGGUAUUACCUAGCGGACUGUGGUAGACGGCACAGAUUUGAGGACGACCCUUGUAGCUCCUUAAAGAGUGAGGAUAUUGAAAAGCAUUAUUUAAAGGACCCAAAGGGAUUUUUAAGUUUGAAUUCAUGGAGCUGUCACACCAGGAUUGACUUCUCAGCCAUGUUACAGACGGACCUCAAAACCAAACGACAGAGGCCGAUUUUUAGGGACAUUAAGGUUGCCAGGAGCUGUUCCUGCUUCAGUUCUGCCCCAGUCUUUUGGGAAAUGGUGGAUCCUACACGUCCAUAUCAGUUAAUCCCUUUGAGUAAACUCACUCCUGAGUAUCAAACCGUGACAGGUUAUGUUAAGAAAGACGGCUUGUUGGACAACAAUAUUGUAUCAGUUAUCAGGAUACAGAACCUGGACCUUUGGGAAAUAUUCUGCAGGAAAAAGCAACAAUUAAAGAGGAUUCAGGGCGUCAGAGAAAUUCAGGAGAGAAGACUUUUUCAUGGGACGAAUGUCAAAAAUGUUGACACAAUCUGCAAGUAUAAUUUUGAUGUACGGUUAGCUGGACGACAUGCAGCCGCAUAUGGCAAAGGGGUAUAUUUUGCUAAAUAUGCAAGUAUUGCAGACAGAUACAGUCGGACCAGCUCCAGCUCUCUGCCUCUGCACCGCGGGGACACACAAAGCACACGGUUUGGAGAAACCAAGGUGCUGUUUUUGGCUCGGGUGGUGAUUGGAAAACCAACUCUGGGAGCGCCAGAUUUACAGAAACCUGAUCAUCAAAGCUCAGAAAACUUUCACGACAGCUGUGUUGACAAAAUCGAAAACCCAAAUAUUUUUAUUAUAUUUGACUCAAACCAGAUUUAUCCAGAGUACUUGAUUCAGUACAAAUCUAAGCCAGAGAGUGUCUAAAAGUGUGCUUAACCUCACGAUGUUCAGGGAAUUUCUUUCCAAUUUGCACUAAAAACAUUUUAGUUCAAGUUGGAAAAGAAGCAUCAUCAAAGCUGCUUAAUUUUAUGACCCUUGUGUCACUUGUUUUAUUAAAAUACCAUUUUCAGUCAUAACCACGCUCCAAAUAUUUGAAACAGAAAAACUUAAUAAACAAAGUUUCCUGGCUGAA